AUGUCUUCGGAAGGGCUCACCGAGGGUACUCUUCGCGGUACCGCGAUAGGACUCAUGGUUGUGACAACUGCCGUGGUUCUCGCUCGCGCUAUCUUGCGAAGCGAUCAGAAGAAACUCAUUCAAUGGGAUGAGCUAUGGCUGUUGUUGGGCUACUUGUUAUUCAUGGUGGUAACCGGUGUCUACGUCAACAAGACAAGCCUUUUAUUUCGACUUCUAGCCGUCCAAGAAGGACGUCUUGCGCCUUACCCAAGUAUUCUCCGAGAUGGCCUGGACGCGCAAAAGACGUUCUUCUUCACGAGUCCAGGACUUUGGCUUACUUUAUGGAGCAUCAAAUUCUCUUUAUUGGCCUUCUACAAGAGAAUAAUGGCCGGUGUGAGGCUCUACCUGACGCUUUGGUGGGUGGUACUUGGCUAUUGCGUGCUUACACUUCUACUCUCCAUCCUUCUACACAUCACUGCUUGUGGACAUUCGCCAGCUUCUUGGUUCGUCGCCAAUGGUUGUGGUGCUGACAAUGUCCGAAAAAGCUCGAUUAGCUUCUGGGAAGGAUUUGCAGUGGACCUGACAACAGAUCUUAUGAUCAUGUCACUUCCGAUCGGUCUUAUUCGACACCUUCGGAUACCUCUGGUCCGCAAGAUUCAGAUAGUAGGCCUAUUCGGUUUAGGCAUCCUCGUCAUCAUCGCAAGCAUCAUUCGCGUAGUACAAGUCGGCGCAACAACUAGUGCAGGCAACACAACGCCUUCACUGACAUGGCUUGCUCUGUGGAGCAUCAUCGAGUCUUCCGUCGCUAUCAUAGUAGGCUGCGGGCCAGGCCUAUACCGAAAAGCCAAAGCGGUCUAUAGCACCACACCGGUACACGCAUACGACAGUCGCGGGUAUAUCAAGACUACAGCGAACCGGAGAGCAGGAACGAAAGGAAACACAGAUGACGAGUACGGGCUACCAUUGAAGACCAUGAGCAUCGACAUUGUAGGUCCUGGCGAUGUCGGAGGAAGUGAAGAAGAGCUAGUUGGUCAAGAAACAAGCGGUGGCAUUCGGGUGACAAGGUCGUUCGUGGUCAGCCACUGA